CCGACACCGUCAACACGGUCGAGCUGCUCGCUUAUCGGGCGGCCACCGCGGCCGCCGCUAUGGCGGCCGAACGGACGGCCGCUGCGGCGAUGCAGGCCAACGGUACCGGUGGCGUCGGUUUGUAUUAUGACGACAGCGUGAUCGGCAAUUUUACCGGCGGCGGCGGCGGUUUUUACGCGGCCAACGGUACCGUCGGCAACUGCACCGCGUUCCCGCCUUUGUCCGGAACGACCGCGGUGUAUAACAACUUGACCGGUUGCUACGAAGAACUGAUCGUCAAGAACUAUUGGGCCCUCGGGCUGGUCGUGUUCCCGAUACUCACGCUGUUCGGCAACGUGCUGGUGAUAAUUAGCGUGUGCCGGGAACGGGCCCUGCAGUCCGUCACCAAUUAUUUUAUCGUCAGCCUAGCGCUGGCCGACCUGCUGGUCGCCCUCAUGGUCAUGCCGUUCGCCGUCUACGUGCUGGUGAGUGACGCGCCACACGUCGUACCUAAUAUUAUGUUACGUUGAGUUGGGUUUGGUCAUCCAAACCUGACCUCGCCGCCCUACAAAAUCUACGAGGAAAGAUCGUUUUACCACCCGAUUAUCAAUAUUUUUCCAUAAAACU